UUAAGGUUCCCGAAACGGUUACAUAAUAAUAUCAUAACAGAGAAACAUAAGCAUCCUACGAUUCCUUUCUGUCUCACACAAUCUUUGUAAUUAUCACUUUUGUUGUUUUUUCUUUUUUUACAAAAUGUUAUCGCUCUAUCGUUUUUCUUUGGUCCUUUAUCAUCAUUUGCUUAUGUAAUAUAGCUUCCGCGAAUUGGGAAGCAUAAAAGAGGAAGGGAAAGAGCAUGAACUGUCCAAGUUGAACCCCUUCUGAAUUUUGAUUGGACCGUUUUCGAUCACACAGACAAAGCCUGUGAUUUCCGGAAGUGGGUUUCUUUCCAAAUUUGAAUUCAAGGUGCCAGCCAAGUGGUCUAUGCUGAGAAUUAUUUGAAAACAUUGAACAAGGUGCUUUUCUAUCUUCAUGGAUAAGCUAUGCUGUUUUAAGUCUUCCUACUCUCAGCUUGUAGGAUCACGUUCUUCAUCCAGCACUGGUAAGGGGAAAUGUCAUGAAGGCUCAAUAAAGUAUGGUUUCAGCCUAGUGAAAGGGAGAGCUAAUCAUCCAAUGGAGGAUUAUCAUGUUGCCAAGUUUGUGCAGAUACAGGAUAAAGAAUUGGGUUUAUUUGCUAUUUAUGAUGGUCACCUGGGAGACCGUGUACCUGCCUACUUACAGAAACAUUUGUUUACCAACAUUUUAAGGGAGGAGGAAUUUUGGGAUGACCCCACUCUUUCUAUCUCAAAAGCAUAUGAGAGCACAGAUCAGGCAAUUCUAUCUAAUAGUUCUGAUUUGGGGCGUGGUGGAUCAACGGCUGUAACUGCAAUAUUGAUCAAUGGCCGAAGGUUAUGGGUAGCUAAUGUUGGAGACUCACGAGCUGUUCUUUCAAGAAAAGGCCAAGCAGUUCAAAUGACUACAGAUCAUGAGCCCAACACAGAACGAGGCAGCAUUGAGACUAAAGGUGGUUUUGUCUCCAACUUACCAGGUGAUGUGCCUAGAGUAAAUGGGCAACUUGCUGUUUCUCGUGCAUUUGGAGACAAGAGCCUCAAGUCACAUUUGCGGUCAGACCCUGAUGUACAGAAUACUGAUAUAGAUGUUGAUACUGAUAUUCUUAUCCUUGCAAGUGAUGGACUUUGGAAGGUAAUGGCUAAUCAAGAGGCAGUGGAUGUUGCUACAAGAAUGAGAGAUCCACAGAAAGCAGCUAAGCAACUAACGGCUGAAGCAUUAAAAAGAGACAGUAAAGAUGAUAUAUCUUGCAUUGUGGUUCAAUUCAGGUAAAUUUACCGAAGAAAAGAAGGGUUUGUCAAGCUGUAAAAUUGCUUUCUUGAAUAGAUUUUGUUGUUUGAGAAUAUUUGAUUUCUUUCUGUCAAGUGUAACAACACAGAAUCUGCUGUAUAUUGUUGUCUUUUUAUUCUUCACAAGAGACCAGGCGGCUGUGUAAAAGAGAAUAUGCUUGUGUUAUUGAUUGGAGUAUAGAUAGUGUUUGGACCGAGAUUGGUCCUAUCCACGAUUGUAUACCGCGUUAUU